ACACUUCAAAGUAACGUGAUGAAGAUUUAUACCCAAGUAAAUGACAAACAUAAUUUGUCUCACCCAAUCCCUUCAAUUCAACAAUCAAUUUAACAAAUAAAUCCUACUAUAUUUAUUUUCUUUUCUUCUCCUUUCGUUUUCUUCAUUCCAAACACACUAUAAAAACAGAAAAACAAAAUUUCAUUCAACAGCAUUAAUUUGAUUCCAUUCAUAUACCGGUGUAACAACCAAAACCAGUGAAACACUGAAACAAAACAUUACCGUUCUUCUUCUCACACCACAACAAGAUCUUCCUCGUUUCUCAAUUUCCGAUCCAAUCAUCAUCAAACGUCAAUUAACCCCUCCACGUGUCAUCCAACACCUGAUUCAUAUUUUCCUUCUUAAUCGUUGCGUUGUCGGAACCUAACCAGUCAAAAACCAAUCCUCUUUCUGCUUCGUCUUCACCGAGCCUAAUUCCGAAGCUCCAAAAAUGGAGUUUAUUUUGAUUCUGAUUCGUCACUAAACCAAACUAAACCGAACCGAACCGGUUCGAAUAAGAAAGAUUCAUCACCGGGUUUGGUUUUUUUUAUAGAUUCGGUGUCAUUAACGGCGGUGAUGAGAGGGAGCUGUUGGUUGAACCGUCGGAUUGAACAACGGUUUCGUUUAUUUGCGAUCUCCACCGUUAAAUCAGUGAAGAUCAAGCUUCUGUUAUUUUGUUGCGUUGCGUUAACUCUUCUCGCGUUUUCAACAACCGGUUCAAGUUUGUUACUAUGGAAUAAUAAUAAUAAUCAAACUCCUCUUCGCCGUUUCUCUGAUUCAAGGAAAGGAUAUUCUAUUGUAAUGAACACUUGGAAGAGAUAUGAUCUGUUAAAGCAGUCCAUCAAACAUUAUUCAUCUUGUCCUCGACUUGAAUCGGUACAUAUUGUGUGGAGUGAACCUAAUCCUCCUUCAGAAAGUCUUCUAAAAUAUCUGCACCAAGUUGUAAAGUCCAAGUCUAGAGAUGGACGUUAUGCGAAGUUGAGGUUUGAUAUCAACCAGGAAGACAGUUUGAACAAUAGAUUUAAAGAAAUUAAAGAUUUGGAGACUGAUGCCGUCUUUUCUAUUGACGAUGAUGUCAUAUUUCCUUGCUCUUCAGUGGAAUUUGCAUUUGAUGUUUGGCAAAGUGCACCUGAUGCAAUGGUGGGAUUUGUACCUCGUGUCCAUUGGGUGGAUUCUUUGAACGGUGACGACAACAAAUUUAGAUAUGGUGGAUGGUGGUCUGUGUGGUGGACGGGUACAUAUAGUAUGGUGCUCUCGAAGGCAGCAUUCUUUCACAAAAAGUAUUUCGCUCUCUACACAAAUGAGAUGCCAUCGUCAAUUAGAGAAUUUGUAACUAAGAACAGGAAUUGUGAAGAUAUUGCAAUGUCUUUUCUUGUCGCAAAUGCAACUGGUGCGCCCCCCAUAUGGGUUAAAGGUAAAAUAUUUGAGAUCGGAUCAACUGGAAUUAGUAGUUUGGGAGGUCAUAGCGAACGAAGAUCGGAGUGUGUCAACAUAUUUACUUCUGUGUAUGGGCGGAUGCCCUUGGAAUAUACUUCAGUGAAGGCCGUUGAUAGUCGCAAUCUUUGGUUUUGGUGAUUGGUAGAUUGUAAUUUUCUUUACAUUUUUAGAAAUUCCACUGUUGUCAAUUAGUGUUUAGUAGCUAUAGUUGAGUUACCACGUUAGUGAUAUAGCUGUAUGAUAUUGAACCUUAUACAGAAUUCUUGCUUUUUGGCCCUAAUCUAGCAAGUUCCCUAGGUUGAUUUCUUGUAAUAUUGACUUGUAAUGCAAGUUAGCAUCCUAGGUAAGGGUGCUUUUUGUCUCAUCUCAGAGAAUAAUUUGUUUGUAGAAAAUAUUGAAUGAUAUUAAACUUUUAGUAUUUGUACUUCA